AUGAAGGUACUGUCUACGAUUUUGAUGCUGGGAGCGUUUUGCAUGAUGGUUGUGGCCAGUACGCAGAGGGUUGGCGACGAGUGCAACUGGUCCAAGAACUGCCAGCAGUAUGCGGAUGGUGUAGGACCCGACUGGGCCAAAGGUCGCAUCACCUGCGCUGUUCCCCAAGACCACAGCCCCGACUCUUGCGGUUCCGGUAACGAUAACAGAAACAACUUCUACGGAACUUGCAAGGCUGUCGGAACUUUAUCUGCUACCGAAUACGGUUGCGAAUGCGGAGUCCACAAAGGCGACUGCCCCCAAACUCCCCCUUUCAACCGCAUCUUCUGGCCCCAGAACUGGAUGGCCGACGCCUGGGCAAAGGUCGGCCAUUAA